CCAGACAAACAGAGAGACAGAGAGACAACAUGGACCCGAACACGACUAUUCUGCGAGUCAAGAGAAAACGGGGGACCGACCCCGCGGAUGCGUUGUUGCUGGCGUGUAAACGUAUCCGACCAGAGACGGCCCAGAGCUCGGGCGAAACGGUACCGGAGCCAAAUGAAGCCGAGGUGGAAAACUCUGUCUUCAAACUCGUGGCGACCGUAUGAGUCCUAACAGAGGAUGCUCCUGUUCAGACUCAGGUGCGACAGGCUUUGGCUCGGCCUCGUAUGGCCCACGCUCUGCGCCCCUCUGCUGCCAGUUCACACCGGAUAAUUGGGGACCUGCGAAGCACUAAGUGGAGCACCCGGAGGGAGGAACGCUACAGGAUACUCUCUAGCCACCGGACAGGCCUCUCAAGCCAAGCUGAGCGGCAAAGUCCCCAAACAGAAAAUUAUGAAGGCAGAGAGGAAACUGGGAAAGAGCAGGACAAAUGUCUGGGUCUUGGUGCAAUCCAGGUGGUUGAUCUCCUACACGAGGAUGCAGAGGACCAGGACAAAACCUCUGGCAAGAUGCUGUCCCCAGACCCAGAAGUGAUCCUGUGUAACAGCACCAAGAUGCUGCGAGAGCGCCUGAGCAUAAGUGGAGAGAGACUGGGCGAAGAGCACCGGGAGCAGGAUGAUGACUACGUCUACGAUCUUUACUACCAGGAAACGGUCACACCAGGGUGGAUCCAGGACAUCCUGUCUGUCAGGGCCUACGCUGAUGAGGGAGAACUGGUGCCCGACCUUGUGGUUCAUGAAGAGGAGGUGUAUGAAGAUGAGGAUGAUGAAAACGAGGAAGGCAACUGGAGGAAUGACUACCCUGAUGAGGAAAGUGAUGAAGACGGCAGUGACAGAGAGGAGCGCUAUGGAGGAUACUGGGAGGAGGAGCACUCAUAUAGCCGGAGGAGCUGGGAUCGCUACCAGAGGGAAGUGCUGCAUGAGCUGGGCUGCCGUGGUGAACAUGACAACGAGGAUGAUGAUGAUGAUGGAGACAAAUAUGAUUCUGAUUGAUUUAUCCCUAAACCCCCACCUGUCAGUGGAUCUUCCCAACGCCCUCUCCUCAAAUGACACCAUACUCCAAAGACCUCUGUGUAGGUGAGAGCACACGGAAAUAACUGCUACAAUCACAUAAUGGAAAAAAAAGGUAUACUUAAGAAAAAAUCCCAUGUUAAGGUGUAGCAAUUUACGUGUAGCACUCAUCAGAUAUGACGAAAUUGACUGAGAACAUCCAGUUCUGAAGUAAACACCUGUAGCAAAAUGUUAAAAAUAGUUACAUUUUAUGUGCCAGUGUAUCAAAAAUGUCAGUCAUGAGGCACAUCAGCCAUAAAAGGCUCAGAAAAUUGCACUGAUAUCAUCUAUUGGUAUACACCAUUUUAGGUUGAGAUCCAUUCCUGUCUCUACUACACAGAUGGUGAAGGAGUAGGUGUUAUUUGCCAAAGGACCCAGAGUGUCUUUUCUCUCUUUUUUUUUUAAAACUGUGGUGGAGUGAAUUUGUGCGUGGGUGUUUGUUCAAUGUGGAUGUGUGUUAAAAAUGUUGCACAUUAGUGUGAUAUGCCUUGUAUGCUUUGUGUUGUUAACACUUCUGUUAGUGAGACAUCUUGGACCGCGUGUGGUUGCAAUUUAGGGUGCAUUUUGUGCAUGGUAAUGUGUGUAGGUAUAACUGUGUGUUAGAUUUUUGCAUAAUGUGAAAGCGUGAUGCAUACGUUUUGUUGUGUGCGUGCCAGUUCGGCUCUGAAGUUGCUCUUUGAAGUUCAGAUUGUUUUUCUUGGAUGCUUGUCGAAUUUUACUUUUUGUAAAUAUGUAGAUGUGUAUAAAAAGAAAGCUUUCAAAAUAAAAUUGAGGUCUGG